UGAUCCGCUCCAAGAGUCUGCGCUCCUGCGCGCGCGACGUUGCUUCUCGGCUGUGCGCCGUCGCAGAUCCUUGAGACAGACAGUACAGCUCUGAAAUUCUGUUCAGACCCUUUUCCUUCUUUUUGCAGACGUCGUGUCAGAAUAAUGUGGCUGCUGCCGAGGAACCGUAGCCUCUAGGUGUGAGAAUUGAGGAUCCAACUCGCUGCCAAAGAGAAGCUGAACGCACACUGACUGACUAACUGACUGCAUGCAGCAAUGGGAGGUCAGAUGACCAAAAUCCCAUACUACGAUUCUCUGAAGGGUGCGUUACCCGGGGAGCCCCACCGAAGCCACCACAGGUCCAAGCGCUAUAUCCAGCAGUUAGAAAAUGUGUCCGGCCCUCUACUGUUCCACCCAAGAACCAAGGGCUCGCAGAUUCUCAUGGACUUGUCGCAGAGGACCGUCAAGAGACAGUCUAGCUUCUGCAACGGCAUCACCUUCAGCAACAGGCCUAUUGCUGUAUAUGAGCAGGUUCGACUCAAGAUCACCAAAAAGCAGUACUGUUGGAGUGGAGCUCUGCGCCUUGGUUUUACAUCCAAAGACCCAUCAAGGAUGCAACCAGAGAACCUGCCAAAGUAUUCUUGUCCUGACCUGGUCUCCCAGUGUGGCUUCUGGGCAAAAGCACUGCCAGAGGAGCUCUCAGAAGAAGGAAACAUCAUCUCGUUUUGGGUAGACAAGAAGGGCAGAGUUUUCUACAAGCUCAAUGACUCUCAUUCCACGCAGUUUUUCAGUGGUGUACGUAUCUGUGAACCUCUCUGGGCUCUCAUAGAUGUCUAUGGCCUCACAAAGGAGAUCCAGCUUCUAGACACUGAGAUGGUUGCUGUAAACUUCAUGCGCCCUCGUUCAUUUACCUCCGAGCGCCGGGCGUCAACUCAGCGGAACAGCCACGACCCCCGCCUCUCCAUCAGCAUGUGUGACCUGAGCCUGCAGGACACGCAUCAGGACGAGGAGGAGGAGGAGGAACAGCCCUUCAGCCCCAUGUCCUGCCAUGUGCCCCAGAACAGUCAGAAUUUGCAGCAGUGCUUGCUGCUGCCUGGCCACUUGGACUCUGACGUACACUUUCACGACGUGCACGGCAUCCACGUUACUAAGCUGGACAAGCAUACUGUGGCACGGCUGAAUCACAGUGGAGACGAGCGGACCUUGGUGUUCACCAACAGGCCGCUGUACAGCUCAGAAACUGUGUAUAUGAGGGUGAAAGUAGGAUUCCCUUCUGCCAGGUGUCUUUCUUACGGCGUCACAUCUUGUGACCCAGCCACCUUGAGGCCCAGUGAUCUCCCAUCCAACCCGGAGUCCUUGGUCGACCGCAAGGAAUUCUGGGCCAUGUGUUGGGUGACAGUGCCGCUCCAGAGUGGAGAUAUUUUGGGCUUUGUGGUGAAUCCAGCAGGGGAGGUGAUGAUGAGCCACAAUGGAAUCAGGACGGGGAUGCAGCUGUGUGUGGAUAACUCUAGGCCACUCUCAAUGUUCUUCGGCCUUCACAGUCCCACCGCUCAGCUCAGGAUUUUAGGCUCAUCUUUGCAUUCAGACCUUCGAGGCUCGUCGGUGCCCAGCUCCCCAAUGUGCGAACUCAACGCCCCCCCGAUGCUCUGCAACCAAAACGCCAACUUCAAUCUCAACAAUCCACACAAUAUGAACCUCAAUGCAAGACUUAACUCCAACCACCACGCUCUCUUUUCUUCCUCCUCAGGUACAAUGCAAAGUUCUCCGUUCUCCAGCGCUCCAGAGUCUCCCACGUUCCCGCCCUCCUCUGACUUGCUGACUGACGAAUGUGCCAUCUGUUACGAGAAUGCGGUGGACGCCGUCCUGUACGCCUGCGGACACAUGUGUCUCUGCUACACCUGCGGCCUCAGGCUCAAGAGGAUGACCAACGCUUGCUGCCCAAUCUGUAGGAGGACAAUCAAAGACAUCAUCAAGAUCUACCGGAACGCAUAAACUCGUUUUUAGACAAAGUCCAGCUUCACUAAAGUUUUUGAUAAAGCCAUGAAAAGUAAAGAAAAAGCACAAGCGAGAUCCACAUGUCUGUGUGUGUAUAUUUAGCUCAGGUGCUCCAUUGUGGAACUAUGAAAUGAAUCAUCAGAAUAUCUCUGGAAGCUCGUUAGGAACUGUUCAAAUGAACAACAGGAGGAGAAUUUUCUAGGUGGUACACCUACAUUUACUAUGGUUACUGUUUUUUAACAAAACAUCACACACAACUCUUAAUAUUGUUUUUUUCUGGCAUCGUUCUACUGCUAAAGCUGCUUAACCCCUAGUAGUCAGGCCUUAUUGAACGUUUUUACUGAUUUACCAUUUGCUCUAAAAAUGUAUCUUUAAAACUCUUUUUUUUUGUGGUAAUUGUUGAUAUUUUGGUAAAACCCCAGUUUCUUCUAUUUUUCAUUAUAUUACACAAUAACAGCACACUUAAGCUGAAACAGUCCAAACUCAGUUUUAAUUUGUACAUUUUUUACUGUAAAAAUUGAGAUCAAACUGUUUUUUUUCUAUUUGCUAUUUAACAAAAAAUCCAACAUGUAGAAACAAAAUAAAAACAUAUAAAUCCCCAAAGAAAGCAAAGACGAGAUCAAAACUAUGUAAAAACAUGUGAAGCUUCACUAAACUACAAUGUUCCAAGGAAUCAUUCAAAGGAGUGUCACUAUUAUGGGUUAUAUGUUGGUUUUUAAGCAAAAAUCUCAAAGCUAAAAAUAUUUUUUAUACGUUCACGUUAACUUUCAAUGAAAACUGGACUAAUGAGUGGUCGAUCUAGGUCAUUUUAAACUGAUGAUGUGAUUGGCAAAAAGAGAAAACUGAAGGUUGAGUGUGUAGGGCUGGGUCGAAAAAAAACAACUUCUAAUCAUUUUUUAGAAUUUGCAAUAUUAUUUUACCAUCAUGCAAUUUCUUGUGUUCCUUUAAAACGUAAUCUUUCAGUUUUUCAUGUCAGAAAUCCUAUUUGUUUACCUUUAUUUCAAACCGUUGCUCCAAUAGAGCGUUAGAGUUGUAGAAAACAAUAACCAAUGUGAUAUAACCUAUGGUAAAUUAUUACCAUUAGAUUGAAAGAAAAUAUUUGAAAAAAUACUUUAGAUCUUACCAAAAAGGUCAUCUUCGGCCAGCUCUACUUUGACCCACUUUUGCUGCAGACAGACAUAUCUAAAGAGGCAUCUGUCCCACUUCCUGUGGAGUUACCUGUCACUCCGCUGGUGAUAGCAUCAUCAAGUAAAGUCAAAUUGUCCAGAGCUGCAGAAAAUAACAAAGCAAAGUAAUCUGUGCUUUCUCCAGCUGCUCCUCCUCUGCUUGUCGGAAAGCACUGAAUCAAAUUGUUGUUUCAGAGGAAGAAUCAAUUCUCCCCUAAAUGUUAGCGGAAAUCAAGGCCAGAUCAAUUUAUUUCAGGUUUCCAGAAGGCUCCUAGAAACCGAUGAAAAAAGAGCGGACUGAGAAAGAGGCUCGGUGGUGUAAAAGAUCCCAGAGCAGUAAUAUACAGUUAGAUCUAAGCCGUAAUGGAAAAGGAAAUUAUUUAAGAAAGUCCUUGGAGUGUUUCAGCACAUUUUAACAGAAAUCUUACCACCUGCAGGUGCGACCAACACAAGUCAAGGAGAGGCUGAAAGAGAAUGAAGAAAAAAAAGCGGAUUAUUGUCACCACAGAAGGUCACAGUCGUAAUGGUUGUGGAUGGGAAUAAGUGGAAACAGAAUUAGGAGAAAAUGAUGGAUGCCUGAAACAGAGACAGAGAGGAAAGAAGGGAGGAAGGGUUUUUCAGCCUAAAGAAAGUCUCCUUGCAGCUCAGGGAUUCUAGCUGGAUGCUGUAAUUGCACAAAAAAAGUCAUUCAAAUAAACAUUAGUGGGCAUCCAGGCAUUUUAAGAUGCUGGAAGAGCACAUAAAGGUGAUAAAUAACCGUUAUUACCAUCCCCAGGGCUGUGCUUCAGGUUACACACUUCUUUUUCUAUUGUUCAUGAAAUCAAAAUCCAAGUAUUUGCUGCACUAAUUCUGUCCAAGGUGUUAAAAAUAUGAAUUUCAUUUUCAUGUGAUUUUCAAACCUUGUUUUAGAUGUUUGAAUGGAUUUUGGUCAAAAAGCAUUAAGUUCAUUCAUUAAGUGUCUGGGAGUAGCUUUAAAAUGCGACAUGUAGGCACAGAUCUGAUUGUGGUUGAGGAAUAAAAAGCUCAUAUAUUUUGCCCUGAUCCCAAAAGCAUUGCUGUGUGCUUAAAUAAUGCCUUCUCCUCAUCUAUCCCUGCAUCUGCCUGGAAAGGUGUUGUACGUUUUGGGAAGUGUGGGCUUUUUAUUUUCAAUGUAAAUAGGUUUGUAUUUCAAACCAAUAGAGCGCUAGAGUUGUAGAAAACAUUAACCAACGUGACAUAACCUAUGGUAAAUUAUUACCAUUAGAUUGAAAGAAAAUAUUUGAAAAAAUACUUCAGAUCUUACCAAAAAGGUCAUCUUGUUGUAUGUUUUGGGAAGUGUGGGCUUUUUAUUUUUAAUGUAAAUAGGUUUGUACUUCAAACCAAACAUGAUAGGGACAAAAAAAACACUUUGUGGAGUUUUUUCACCCAGAAAUAGGCUUUCUAAUGUGGGGUUUAUUUAUUCUUCAGUCAUUGUUUCGUGUGUGGUUGCAGUGUAAAAUGUGUGUGAAUCCUGUUUUUUUUUCUGUUUAUAUAUUGUCAAACUAAAGAUAACUGGGCUCUGAAAAUGGGUUUUCCUAUGUUUGGGAUUUGUAGGUAUCAACUAGUUUUUACCUGUUCACAUUUGUGGAAUAAAACCUCAUUUACCUUGUUUUCUUUAAUAUAUCCUAAAUAUUUUUGCAUUCCACUUCAGAGGAAAACAGAGUUUUGUUGUUUAAUGGGACUGGUCACAAGUCAUUUUCUUGAGUUUUUAGCAUAUUAUUGCAUGAAAUGGUGAACUAAAGGCUGGGUCAGUUAAGCAUUCUGCUUUCAGUGUGUAUUACAGUCUCCUUAUUGUGACAUGGACGAGGUGGAACGGGUGGAAGUUUCUCAGCUCAGAUUUUAUCCCAGAAAUGUUGUUUCAGGAUGCAUGCCAUUUCUUCCCUUUUGCAUAUUUCAGAAGUAAAUAAAUAAAUAAAAUGAGUGAAAACAUG